AUGCCGAGGCUCCAAGGGCGAGAGGGAGGACGCGGAACGGUGGGGAGCCGAGAAAGGGGGGCGGCGACGAGUCUAAAACGAGGACGGAGGGACGAAGUUUUGAGCCAGGAGCCCGUGUCUGGAUUGCCCAUCUUGAAUUACCACAGAAUGCUCGCGCUCCUCCCUCGCGGCGCAGCAGCCGCUUUGUCUAUUCCUGCGCGGCGUGCCGAAGAAAGCCGACCGCGGCGCGGUUCUGCCGCAAACACGCGCGCCGGAGGAGAAACGCACGAAGGCGGACCGCGCAGAGAAGACGCACAAGGAGAAGAUUGCUCCUCUCCUUCAUUCUCGUCUUCCGCAGCCUGCGACCCAACGUGCCAGAGCCCGAGAAACAAUGAAGCCCUCGGAGAGCCAGGACACGUCCCUCCGCCGCCCCCGUUGUCGUGGGGUCGCGUCAAAGUGAAGGCGACGAUGAAGAGGAAAGAAGAAGAGCGCCUCCAGCUUGAAGGCGGGCUCGGCGAGGAGCCGCGGAAGCGCCUUCGCGGCCUCGAGGGCGCGAGUGACGCCGAGCGAGGUCGCUCCCAUGGCGUGUCUGCGCUGUCUGCGCCCUCGCGCACUUCCCUCGUCUCAGGUCUCCCGCCUUCGCCUCCGUCGACGUUUCAGUUUUCAACAUUUCCCCUCAUCUUGGUCUCAGCAUGCCUUCCUCCGCCUCCCUUUCCGUCCUGGGUCGCGCUCCUUCAGCUGCACGCGAACCUCCUCCCUCUCGUCGUGUGCAACCUCAAGAACUUCUCACGCGGCCGCGUCGGCUUCCGGUGGCGCUCUAGCGAAGAGGCGCGCGCGGGGGUUGGCGAAGUCUCCUGUGGAAACCUCGGCUGUGCGUCUGGCUCGCUGCCACUUGAUGCCUCGAGCGCGUCGUGUGCCCAUGCCGCGCGCACGAGCUUACCGUCCUCGCGAGCGCAAGCUGAAGGCGAGGCGGAUGAAGGGCGAGGGUCGCCGAAGCAGAAUCGCGAGACGCUCAUCAAGUCCGACGCUCCUGGAAGCGAAGAGGCGUCCUCGCUGCCCGAGCGCAGCGCAGCAGAAAGCGCAAAAGCGCCUUCUCGCCGGAGGCUGCGACCUCCUGUCCCCCAUCCGCUCUUUGUCUCUUCGUCGUUCGCAAGUCCUCACGGCUCGGCGUCGCCCGCGCUUCUCUCCUCCGCGCGAGUGUUUUCAGCGCACACCCGCGCGCAGGCUGUCGAGGGACAGCGGGCGACGCCUGAGACCAGCGCAGAGAGGGCGACGCACGCGCGUGGGAGAACGGACGCAGCUCUCGAGGAGAAAAUCCGCGCGGUGCGGACCUACACGCUCGAGCUGUUUGUCCGCGCAGAGACACGCGGAGCCCAGCAAGAGGAGGGGGAAAACUCGCCGCCGAGGGCUGACAGAAAGCGCUUCGCAUGCAGUGGCGGCAACUGCGUUGCCUCAGACUUUGAAGAGGCGCCGCAACGAGUUCUGGUUCAAUGCGGGAUUUGUCUUCGCUGUGCAUUCAAACUCCACUUUCCGCUCGUCGUGCGGGAAGACCGAAGACCUACGACAGGAGCCGCCGCGGGAGACGCGGGGGCUGGAGCGAAGCCGCAGAAGCUAGCGCCCGGGAGGGACGCGCCUGCGAGAGAGGCACUGCGACGGCGUGCGCCUGGCAGCAAGGCAGCAGAGAACCGGGAUGCCGGCGAAGGAAGGAACGCCGAGGCGGCGACUCCGCAGCAGUGGAGUGCCCGAGCCAGUUUGAGCCGAGGAGAGGAGGAGAUAGACUCUGCCGUCGACGCGUUUUCUGAUUCGAACGAAGAGGGGGAAAGAGAGAGAGACGAGAGGGCAGCAACAGGAACUGACGGGGCGAGGCGGCGAGAGAGGCAGUGCGAGGUAGACGAAGAAGCACCCGCGGCGCAGGCGAGAUGGAGGAGGGCCGCACAGCGAGCCAGGUAG